AUUUGGCAAGAGCCGUGUAUAGCUUUCAAUCUGGCCAAACUCCCAAAUUCUUGUAAUUUGUACAGAUGUACUGCUAGCUAACUCCUGUAUGUAAUUAAUUUCUGUCACAAUAACACAGAUUAUACAUCAGUUUUGAGUUUAUCAUUCAAAAUGGUAAAGAACUUGUCACUUUCUUGAACUUGGAAAAGUGCAUCGCAAAAUCCGUGUUUCAAACUUAUUUUUCCUUCUUGAUUUUGUGGCAGUCGUUCUGCAGGCCUCCUAGCAGUGACAUGUUAUUGUUAAACUGAUCUUUCGCGUUCCACUUUUAUAUAAGGGUGCUCUAAGCACCCAACUUUCAUCCCUUCAAGCGAGUUUAGAAACUUCCUGUCUGUGUAGGCACUCAAAACACUAUGGCAUUCUCUAUUAGUCGCUUUGGAUCACAAUUGAUCCUUGGAAGAUGGUUCAUGGUCUUCGGGUGUAUCCUGAUCAUGACAGUGUCAGGUACAGGAUACAUGUUUGGGCUUUAUUCAAACGACAUAAAAACCUCAAUGGGUUAUGACCAAGACACUCUAAAUCUUCUUAGCUUCUUCAAGGAUUUGGGGUCUAAUGUGGGGGUGUUAUCAGGCCUCAUCAACGAGAUCACCCCACCUUGGGUUGUCCUGUUUAUUGGAGCCCUUAUGAACUUUGGCUACUUCAUGAUCUGGCUUGCUGUCACCGGCCAUCUCAAGCGCGUUCCUGUAUGGCAAAUGUGUCUUUACAUUUGUAUAGGAGCCGACUCACAAGCCUUUGCCAACACGGGUGCUCUGGUAACUUGUGUCAAGAACUUCCCUGAAAGCCGAGGAAUAGUGCUAGGACUUUUGAAGGGCUAUGUAGGUCUAAGUAGUGCAAUCCUUGCACAACUUUACCAUGCCUUUUAUGGUAAUAAAUCUAAAGACCUUAUUUUGUUCAUCUCUUGGCUUCCUGCAGUUGUUUCCAUGAUUUUUCUUCGAACUAUAAGAGUUGUGAAGGCGGAUCAAGAUCGACAACAGAAUGAGGUUAAGGUCUUCUAUAAUCUGCUCUAUAUAUCACUCUCACUUGCAGGGUUUCUAAUGGUCUUGAUUAUAGUGCAAAAUAGUCUCUUGUUCACUAGGGCCGGUUACUAUGCAAGUGCCUUGGUUGUUAUUUUUCUUGUCUUUCUACCCCUUGUAAUUUUUGCAAAAGAAGAGUACUCCUACCUUGCAAGUCAAAGCAAAAGAAUUGAUUCACCUCUUGAAGUUGUUGCUGAACAAAGGGAAGAACAACCGCGAAUAGAACCCUCGAAUGAUGACCCAAAGGACAACCAAGGUACUUGCCUAACCAACAUAUUCAAGCCACCAAACAGAGGAGAAGACUACACCAUACUCCAAGCCCUCUUUAGUAUUGACAUGCUCAUCCUUUUUGUGGCUUCUAUUUGUGGUCUAGGCGGGACCCUAACCAUGAUUGAUAAUUUGGGCCAGAUAGGGAGUUCUUUAGGCUAUCCAACUCGAAGCAUAAACACAUUUGUCUCGCUAGUGAGCAUAUGGAACUACCUAGGUCGAGUCACUUCUGGAUUUUCAUCUGAGAUAUUUCUAAAAAAGUACAAGUUUCCAAGACCCAUGAUGAUGAGUCUAGUCCUACUUGUUUCUUGUGUGGGUCACCUUCUUAUCGCUUUUGCAGUCCCUAACUCACUCUAUAUAGCAUCAGUGAUCAUUGGGUUUUGCUUUGGGGCUCAAUGGCCUUUGGUUUAUGCUAUCAUAUCGGAGAUUUUUGGGCUCAAGUACUACGCCACACUCUACAAUUUUGGGUCCGUGGCUAGCCCAAUCGGGUCGUAUAUUUUCAAUGUGGUGGUCACAGGCAAACUUUAUGAUAGAGAGGCUUUGAAACAAUUGAAUGACAAGGGGUUGGAAAGAAAAUUAGGGGAAGAUUUGGACUGUAUUGGUGCAAACUGUUUCAAGGUUUCUUUUCUUAUUAUUAGUGGUACCACAUUGUUUGGAUGUUUGGUUUCACUUAUAUUGGUUCUUAGGACUUGGAAAUUUUAUAAAAGUGAAAUUUACCAAAAAUUUAAUGUUGACACUGAGGCAUCUGCAAAUUAGAUGCCAAUUGUUGUAAGAAAUAGUUGAGUUUUGCCUCCUACUUGUAAUAAAGAGAGAGAGCUAGAGAGAGUAGUCUAACUAAUCAGCACAAAAUCAUCAAUUAGUUUUGAAUGUCAACGCAUAAAACAUAUCACAUAGACACAUCCGUCUUAUGGUAUCUUUCAGACCACAUUAUAAAUUUUUUUUAUCAAAGACAAUCAAGUGUUACUUUCCGGCGUUGACUCUAUUUUUCCCGAUGUUGACCACGAGUGUGCGAGU